CAAGUCUCCAGUGCUGCCAAGUUAAUUCAGAGGGUUAAGUAUGACGUUGGCCGCAGAGAGGCAGCAGGUGGUAGGUGCUCAGCAAACGGGAGGCCCGUGGUUCUGCUCCCCCAACCACCCACGGCACGCGUCCUGCUCCGGGUGAGGCCGGCUGGCACCUACGUCUCUCCAGAAGAUGGAUCACAUGUCUCCCAGACUGAGAGCCUUCCUCUCUGAACCCAUCGGAGAAAAGGAUGUUGCCUGGGUAGACGGGGUCAGCCACGAGCUUGCAAUCAAUUUGGUCACCAAAGGUUUCAACAAGGCCUACAUCCUGUUGGGACAGUUCCUUCUGAUGCACAAGAACGAAGCCGAGUUUCAGAAGUGGCUCAUUUGCUGCUGCGGCGCCACCGAGUACGAGGCCCAGGAGAGCUCGAACUGCCUGAAGGAGUGGUGCUCCUGCUUCCUGUAGACCCCGCUCCCGCGGCGCCCAUACAUGCCGCCUGCGCACCCACACCGGCUCCGAGUCGUUAUUUUUGUUUUUCACUUUAAUGAUACCCGGUCUUUUUAAAAAGCAGCUCAAGAAUAUCAAGGCCAAACACAAGAAAAACGGCCCCCAGAUUCCACCACCCAGAAACUGCUGUACCUUGCACGAAUGUCAAGCCAGCCGUCUCUUAGCAUACAUUUACAUAAAGGGGUGGAUUAUUUUAUUUAAAAAUGGUAAUUCACACA